UCUCUCUCUCUCUCUCGGCUUCGGCUAUACUUAAUUGGGCAACCCACCUCUGACUUGUUAAGAACUCUUUUUCUGUCUCCCAAUACUCUCCCAACCCAAAAUCCUUGCUUUGCCCUGCCCUCUUCGUCUUCUUCUUCUUAUCUCUCUCAACUCUGAGCAACAGUACCCCUAUAUUCCCCUCCCUGCUAAAGUACGCCGGUAGCAACACACACUCCCCAAAUUCACAGGUGAGCCAGGCGGUGGGGCCCAGAGAAGGAAACGCGCGAAAAGAUGGUGGUAAACGUGAGCGUAAGGGAGUCGACGCUUGUUAGGCCGGCGGCGGAGACGCCGAAGCACGCGCUGUGGAACUCGAACGUGGACCUGGUGAUCCCGAGCAUCCACACGCCCAGCGUCUACUUCUACAGGCCCAACCAAAACGGUGUGUCGUCGAACUUCUUCGACCCGGCGGUGCUCAAGCACGCCCUGUCCAAGGCCCUCGUGCCCUUCUACCCCAUGGCCGGCCGCCUCAAGCGCGAUGACGACGGCCGUAUCGAGAUCGACUGCAACGGCGAAGGGGUGCUGUUUGUCGAGGCGGAGACGAGCUCGGUCAUCGAUGAUUUCGGCGAUUUCGCACCGACUCUCGAGCUCCGGAGGCUCAUCCCCGCCGUUGAUUACUCCGCUGGGAUAUCCUCAUAUGCUCUCUUGGUGUUACAGGUCACGUACUUCAAAUGUGGAGGAGUGUCCCUUGGUGUUGGAAUGCAGCAUCAUGCAGCAGAUGGAUUUUCUGGUCUCCACUUUGUGAACACAUGGUCUGAUGUGGCUCGCGGCCUUGACAUUACACUUCCGCCGUUCAUCGACAGGACAUUACUUCGUGCCCGAGAUCCACCGCAGCCGGCAUUCCACCACAUCGAAUACCAACCUGCUCCACCAAUGAAAACCCCUCCGCAAAGCACAAAACCUGGCGCUGAUAGCACAACAGUCUCCAUUUUCAGAUUGACGCGGGAGCAGCUCAACAUCUUGAAAGCCAAGUCCAAGGAAGCUGGGAACACAGUCAGCUAUAGCUCAUAUGAGAUGAUGGCGGGUCAUAUUUGGAGAUGUGUAUGCAAGGCACGGGAACUUCCCAAUGAUCAAGACACCAAACUAUAUAUUGCCACUGAUGGAAGAUCCAGACUGCAACCCCCACUCCCUCCUGGUUACUUUGGCAAUGUGAUUUUCACAGCAACACCCAUUGCUGCCGCAGGGGAUCUCCAAUCAAAACCAACAUGGUUCGCAGCAAGCCGCAUUCAUGAUUCUUUGGUUCGUAUGGAUGAUAACUAUCUUAGAUCGGCUCUAGAUUAUCUUGAGCUUCAGCCUGAUCUGUCAGCCCUUGUUCGCGGUGCUCAUACUUUUAGGUGCCCUAAUCUUGGGAUAACUAGCUGGGUUAGGCUGCCGAUCCAUGAUGCUGACUUUGGUUGGGGUCGACCCAUUUUCAUGGGACCUGGUGGAAUUGCAUUCGAGGGGCUGGCUUUUGUAAUACCAAGUGCAACUAAUGAUGGGAGUUUAUCAGUGGCCAUAUCUCUUCAAUCUGAACAUAUGAAAUCAUUUUCCAAGUUGUUAUACGACAUAUAAGGAACCGACAUGCCUGAGGAAUUUAGUCCGGCUUGAAUUACUUCGGGCAGGUCAUAUUCAGGUUUGCCAUAUUUUUCUGAUGUGGUCUUUCCGAGUGCUCUUUUCCUCAUACAUGGUUUAUGUCAGUGGGAAUACUAAUGCCUGAAACAGGACAUAUGUUGUACACAUUUAAGGACUUUGACAACAAUUGUAUUACUCAUUGAUAUUGAAUUUACAAUAAGUUUAAUUUUGUUAAAUCACAGAGGCUGCAUAAAGAAUAUUUGCCUGUGCUAAAGCUACAAACUGGUACAAGUUUUGGUAA